AUGGAACGGAUCAUGGUGAGCACUGCCACUGGGGUGAUGAACUCCCUCCUCAAGAAGCUCGCGGAACUGUUGAGCGACGAGUACAAGCUUCAGAAAUCCGUGAAGAGCAAAAUUCGCUCACUGGAACUCGAGCUGAGCAGCAUCAAUGCUUUUCUCAGGAAUUUGGCUGACAAGGAGGAUCUGGACCCGCAGACUAAGGAAUGGAGAGACCAGGUGAGAGAGAUGUCCUAUGAAAUCGAAGACUGCAUCGACAAGUACAUGCACAAGCUAAACCACGAACCGAAUAAAGUAGGUGGCAUCAAGGGCUUCAUCAGCAAGAGCAUUGCCAAGGUGAAAAAUAUGGGAGUUGUCCAUGGGAUUUCUGGUCAGCUUGAGCAACUCAAGCUCCAAGUCGUUGAGACAAGCGAGCGACACAAGAGGUUACUAAUGCCUGCGCAAGUAACAUCUGGGGUAUCAACCACAACAAUUGACCCUCGAAUGCCUGCGCUGUAUGCUGAGGCUACUGAUCUUGUUGGUAUUGAUGCAACAAGAGAUGAGCUCAUCGAGCUUGUGACCAACCAGGAAGAGAAAGAGUUGAAGGUGGUGUCGAUUGUUGGGUAUGGAGGCUUGGGAAAGACCACACUUGCGAUCCAGGUAUACAGACACCUUCAUGGGCAAUUUGAUUUUCAAGCUAAGGUGCUGAUGUCAAGAAUCUUUGAUAUGAAGAGGAUACUACGGGCAAUACUCUUUCAAACUAAUGAGACAGAUUACCUGGACCAGAACACGGAAUCAUGGGGUGAAGAUUUACUCAUUGAGAAGCUGAGAAAAUUUCUGAUGGAUAAAAGGUACUUUGUUGUAAUUGAUGACAUAUGGGAUGCUCGAAACUGGGAUGCCAUCAAAUGCGCUUUUCCUGAUGGCAAGCGUGGAAGUAGAAUAAUGACGACAACAAGAAUCAAUAGUGUUGCUAAGUCAUGCUGCACCCAUCGCCGUGAUCAUAUACACAAAUUAAGUGUUCUUAGUGAAGCUGAUUCUCAGUGUUUAUUUUAUAGAAGAGCUUUUUACUGUGAAGAUGGAUGUCCACCUGAACUGGAAGAAGUUGCCACUGAAAUUGUGCAAAGAUGUGGUGGUCUACCAUUGGCGAUAAUUACUCUGGCCAGUUUAUUGAGUACUAAAUCAUAUACAAGACGAGAGUGGAUGAUAGUACAGGAUUCUAUUGGUUUGGGACUUAUGAACAAUGAUGGGAUGGAAGACAUGAAUAAGAUAUUAUCUCUUAGUUAUAUUGAUCUUCCUUACCACCUGAAAACGUGUUUGCUGUAUCUUAGUUUAUUUCCAGAAGACUUUCUGAUUACUAGGGAUCGAUUAGUAAGAAGGUGGAUAGCAGAAGGGUUCAUUACAGCAGAAUGUGGGAAAACUUUAGAAGAACAAGGUGAAAGCUAUUUUAAUGAGCUUAUAAAUAGAAAUUUGAUCCAACCAAUAGAUAUCAAGUAUGAUGGUCGAGCAAGGGCAUGCCGUGUGCAUGAUAUGAUUCUUGAUUUCAUUGUAUCGAAGGCGGCUGAAGAAAAAUUUGCAAGUUUGAUUCAUCAAAAGGAUGCAGUUGACUCACGUUUUAAGGUUCGGCGACUCUCGCUUAAUUAUGGUUCCCAAAAAGAGUUGUGCACGGAAUCACUCAUUGUUUCUCAAGCUCGAUCCCUCAGUAUCUUUGGGAAUUCUGAACAGUUGCCUCCUCUUUCAAACUUCAGUGCACUGAGGGUACUUGAUAUAGAAAGCCAUAUCCAGAACAGUUAUCUGGUGAAUAUUGGAGAGUUGCUUCAGUUGAAAUAUAUACGGCUUUCUGCAAGCACUAUUACAGAGCUUCCGGAAAACAUUGGGCAACUAAAAUCUUUGGAGACAAUGGAUCUGAAAAAAACUGCUAUAAAAGAACUGCCAGCAAGCAUUGUUCAACUGCAACGAUUGAAACAUCUACUGGUUCAAAAUGUAAAGUUGCCUGCCGGAAUUGACAAGAUGCUUUCUCUCCAGGACCUGUCAGAACUAAUUGUAGACGAUAGCUGUAAAGUAACUUCUUUGCUAGAGCUGAGAACUUUGGCCAAUUUGAGUUCUCUUGGCCUUGUUUGGCGCAUCAGUGAUUCACACAUGGAAAAAACAAAGUUUGCGGACAGUUUGUUAUUGGCCCUCUGUGACCUUGCCAAAUCCAAACUUCAGUUUUUAAAGGUUACCGGUGCUGGGUCUGAUGCUUCAUAUGAAUUCAUGUUUGAUCCUUUCUCCUCAACUCCUCAUCGUCUCCAAGAGUUGACCUUAUACCCAAACUGUUAUAUUGGUGAGAAUCCAAGUUGGAUGGCCUCAAUGGUUAACCUCACCAAAUUGAACAUUAUGGUUAAUCCAGUGACACAGGAAGCUCUUGACAUUUUUGGCAACUUGCCUGUCCUGCUAUUUCUUGAGCUGAGCUCAAAAGUAAUAGUUCCAAAAGGGCUUAUCAUCGAGAGUGGCACAUUCAAAUGCCUAAAGGUGUUUCGCUUGUAUUGUCCGGAUAUUGAGAGAGGGCUGAUGUUCAAAGCUGGAGCCAUGCAGAGCAUUGAAAAUUUUACACUUCCAUUCAGCGCACAUGAACCGCAACCUAUAUUGGGUGACAAUGAUUUUGGCAUUCCCCAUCUUCGUACGUUGCAGCACCUUGAAGUUCGGAUUAGCUGCAAGGGAGCGGUGGCUUGGGAGGUGGAAAUGUUGGCUAAUGUCAUUAGGAAGGCUGUCAUUGAACUCCCCAGCAAUCCAGAGCCACAAAUCUUGAGGUAUUAUGUGAAGGAGAUGAUACAUGAUGACAGGGAGAAGAGUACAGAGGAAGCUACCGGGGACUCCCUGUAUGCCACAGAAUGUUCUCACGGUAUGGAGGAUCAUUCUUAUGGUUAUUGGUAUCCGCUUCCACCGCCUCCACGCUAUUUCGUCCAUAUUGCUGAGGAGGAUCCAAAUUCUUGCUCAAUCUGCUGA